AUGAAAUUGUAUGAUAAGGCAGAGACCUGGGAGUUCGGAGACGGUGAUCCAAAAUUUCUACAUACCAACGUUAUCUUCCAGGAUGGCGACAGCUAUUUGUGGGCCGAACUGCCCAAACGGGAUCAUCUUAUAAAAGACGCCAGUAUCGACCAAUCCCUCCUCCAGAAGAUUCCACCAGAGCAUAUCUGGCCCCUAUUUGAAGAUAAAUUCACAAUAUGCCAAAACCCUAAUAGCCCGGACGUCUACAUCAAGCAGCCUCGGCUCACUGGGUACAACGGAUCAGCAUCACUCGGCGAAUAUCUACUCCAAGAAGCGCAGAUCUGCCAGUUUUUGAUAAAACACCCACAUAAAAAUGUUUCCCACUACCUUGGCUGCGUGGUAAAAUCCGACCGGAUCACUGGACUUUGUUUCCAAAAAUACGAGGCGACGCUCGCGGACCGUCUUGAGGACGGGUCGGUCGACGAAAGCUGUCUCCAACAGGUUCAGGCCGGUAUCAAUCAUCUCCAUAAGAUUGGCCUUGUUCAUAACGAUAUUCAUUUGGGAAAUGUUAUGUUUGCAAGCCACAGUAACAUGCCAGUGCUAAUCGACUUUGAUUCAUGUGCCUUUAAAGGCAACCUGCUCCCGGAUAAGCGUGGCAGAAUGCCUCAAGGUACCUGCACUGCAGAAUUCGAGAAUGACAAUUUCGCUUUAGACAUGCUCCGAACAGAACUGAACUUAUCUAAGGAUGCAUGA